GUUUUUUCUCUUGAUACCUUUUAAAACGCCGUCGAGAAAUCUCCCUCUAGGGUUUCUUUGAUCAAACCAGAGAGCCGUCAGGGAGAGCAAAACAAAGAUCGGAGAAGAUGAAGACGAUUCUUUCUUCCGAAACGAUGGACAUCCCCGACAGUGUUACCAUCAAGGUUCACGCUAAAGUGAUCGAAGUCGAAGGACCUCGCGGGAAGCUUGUUCGCGAUUUCAAGCAUCUCAACCUCGAUUUCCAGCUGAUCAAGGAUCCAGAGACUGGAAAGAAGAAGCUUAAGAUCGAUUCGUGGUUUGGAACACGCAAAACCAGCGCCUCCAUCAGAACCGCUCUUAGCCACGUCGAUAACUUGAUCUCCGGUGUUACCAGAGGUUUCCGUUACAAGAUGAGGUUCGUGUACGCCCAUUUUCCCAUCAACGCCUCCAUCGGCGGUGACGGAAAGUCUAUCGAGAUCCGUAACUUCCUUGGCGAGAAGAAGGUGAGGAAGGUAGAGAUGUUGGAUGGUGUAACCAUUGUUCGAUCUGAGAAGGUGAAGGAUGAGAUUGUUCUUGACGGUAACGAUAUCGAGCUUGUUUCAAGGUCGUGCGCUCUGAUCAACCAGAAAUGUCACGUGAAGAAGAAGGAUAUCAGGAAGUUCCUUGACGGUAUCUAUGUUAGCGAGAAAAGCAAGAUCGUAGAGGAAGAAUGAAUACUCAUAUUCCCCUCUUAGCUCAUAUUUCUUGUGUUUGGAAUGUUGUUAGUUUUGUUUUAUGGACCAAAUCCACCGGUGAUGUAAACCUUGCCUUUUUUUUGUUCGAGAAUUUAUUAACUUAUGCAACAAGUUUUGGAGACAAUUAGAGACCCAUUCACUCUCACACUUUUGCCAAAUUACAUCUUCUCGGAUGAAUUUUGAAUUCUGAAGAAUUUGGUUGUGUUUUUGAAUUCCAGAACAUUAUAAUCCAUUGUCCUGAAUGAAAACGCCCACAAAUUUAGAGGGUGUUAUCGGUUCCUAAUUUACAAGAAAUUUUGAUGA